AUGUUGAGAGCUUCUACCAAGAUCCUUUCUUCUUCUGCCAGAGUUGCUUCUAGAGCCUUGCCUUUGUUGGCUCGUCAACAAGUAGCUGCUCGUAGCUUCUCUUCUACCGGCACUCGAUCUUUUGGCGCUCUUCGUGCUUUUACUGUCCCUACUGUUCAAAAGGAUGUUAGAGCUUAUAGCUCCAAGAACUUCCCUGCUCACAGUGUCAUUGCCAUGCCUGCCUUGUCACCCACAAUGACUGCUGGCGGUAUUGGCAAAUUUCAAAAGGCUGUUGGUGAUGCCAUCAACCCUGGUGAUGUCCUUGUUGAAAUCGAAACUGAUAAAGCUCAAAUGGAUUUCGAAUGUCAAGAUGAAGGUUAUCUUGCCAAGAUCCUUAUAAGCGAAGGUGAUAAGGAUGUUCCUGUUGGAAAGCCUAUUGCUGUUUUUGUUGAAGAUGAAGCUGAUAUUGAAGCUUUCAAGGAUUUCACUUUGGAAGAUGUUAGUGGAGCUGCUGCUGCUCCUGAACCUGUCAAGGAAGAACCUAAAAAAGAAGCUCCUGUCAAGGAAGAAAAGAAGCAAGAAGCCAAGCCUGCUACUGCUGCUCCCGCUGCUCCUGCUGCUCCUGUCGCCGCUUCCAAGCCCCCUGCUGCUUACACUCCCCAAGCUUCUGCUGGUGGUGAUGCUUUUCAAGACCAACCCACCACCAACAUGCGUAAGAUCAUUGCUACUCGUUUAGCCGAAUCCAAGCAAACUGUGCCUCACUACUACUUGACUGUCGAAGUCAAGAUGGACAAGGUGAACAAGUUACGUCAAGCCUUGAACCAAUCUUCUGAAGGUAAAUACAAGCUCUCUGUCAAUGAUUUCAUUAUCAAGGCCUCUGCUUUGGCUCUCAAGACUGUGCCUGAAGUCAAUGCUGCCUGGCAAGGUGAUUUCAUUCGCCAAUACCACCAUGCUGAUAUUUGUGUGGCUGUUGCUACACCUACUGGCUUGAUUACACCUAUCGUUGCUCAAGCUGAAGGUAAGGGCUUGUCUACCAUCUCUAGCCAAGUCAAGGAUUUAGCCAAGCGUGCUCGUGAUGGUAAGCUUGCUCCUCAAGAAUACCAAGGUGGAUCUUUCACUAUUUCCAACCUGGGUAUGUUUGGCAUCAAUGAUUUCACUGCCAUUAUCAACCCUCCUCAAUCCUGUAUCUUGGCAAUUGGUGGUACUCAACAAAAGGUCGUUGUGGAUGAGACCACUCGCUCUGGAUUUGGCUUGACUGAUGUCAUGGAAGUUACUUUGAGUGCUGAUCAUCGUGUGGUUGAUGGUGCUGUUGGUGCUUCUUGGUUACAAGCAUUCAAGGGUUUCAUGGAAAAUCCCCUCAAGAUGUUGUAA